CUCUUGGUGGCUGAAAAAAGGAAACGCCGCCGGGAGUAAGGGGCAUUCCUGAAAGGAGGGGCGGAACAAGCCAGCUGGUGUGUGUGCAUUAUGGUAUCAUGUCUUUUGAUGUUUUGGAAGGAGAAUCCCUCAGACACCACAUGAAGUCAUGGGGAAAUGGAGAGAGGCACGGAAUCCCUCUUCCAGGAGAGCGUGUCUUUCCUAAAUGGAGGAUCGCGUUGCCUUUUCCCAGGACACUGGCACGUUGGCAAAGCCACGGCUGUCCUUCAUGCGAUUUCCUGUGAUUCACAGAGCAUCCCAACCGUGAUGCUUGCCCUGGGCUCGCAGAUCUUCCACCUGAUACCCUGUUUGCUUCUCUGGGACGGCAAAGCUCGCAUCCGUUGCUCUCCAUGGUGGCCAAUCUUUUUAAGAGCCUGAUUUUACCCUACAUACAUAAGCUUUGCAAAGGAAUGUUUACAAAGAAACUGGGAUAUCCAACCCAAAAAAAAGACAAUCGUCAACAGAAAAAAGAUCAAGGCUUUCCCACGGCUGGCCUGGCCCAAACCCCUAAGCUUUCUAAUACCUUGAAAAGCACGGUCAAGAAGAUCGCCAAGUGUCCAUCCACUCGCCACUUAUCUACUGAAGGCGACGAGGCCCACCGAGAGUUUUCCCUCUCACCCACUUUCAGUUAUAGGGUAGCCAUUGCCAAUGGCCUCGCAAAGAGUGCUCGUGUAGCCAGUAGUGAUCAUGAGGAGCAGCCUCACGAGCUCUCUUCAAUCGAGAGCUCCUACUCAGAGUCACUAAACGAACUAAGAAGUGGUACAGAAAACCAGACGCAACCAACAGGCACCAUGCCCGUUCGUCGCACUCGAAAGAGCUCCAGCAGCCUCGCCCCCUCCGAAGGCAGCUCGGAUGGGGAGCGUACUUUACACAGCUUAAAGCUGGGAGCUUUACGCAAGCUGAGAAAAUGGAAAAAGAGCCAGGAGUGUGUCUCCUCUGAUUCGGAGUUGAGCACCAUGAAGAAGACCUGGGGAAUCCGAAGCAAAUCUUUGGACAGAACUGCGCGAAACCCAAAGGCGAAUGCCCUGGAACCAGGCUUCAGUUCCUCUGGCUGCAUUAGCCAGACCCAGGACGUCAUGGAAAUGAUCUUUAAGGAACUCCAGGGAAUAAGUCAGAUUGAAACGGAACUUUCGGAGCUCCGAGGUCACGUCAACGCCCUGAAGCACUCCAUCGACGAGAUCUCCAGCAGUGUGGAGGUCGUGCAGAGUGAAAUUGAACAGCUGCGCACGGGGUUCGUCCAGUCUCGGAGGGAGACCCGAGACAUCCAUGAUUAUAUUAAGCACUUAGGGCAUCUGGGUAGCAAGGCCAGUCUACGAUUCUUAAAUGUGCCCGAAGAACGAUUUGAAUACAUUGAGAGUGUGGUGUACCAAAUUCUGAUCGAUAAAAUGGGCUUUGCAGAUGCACCAAAUGCUAUUAAAAUUGAAUUUGCUCAGAGGCUAGGGCAGCAGAGAGACUGUCCGAAUGCGAAACCUCGACCCAUACUGGUAUACUUUGAAACCCCUCAGCAAAGGGAUCUCGUUCUUAAAAAAUCAUAUAAACUCAAAGGCACUGGCAUUGGAAUCUCCACAGAUAGUCUUGCUCAUGAUAUCAGAGAAAGAAAAGAGAGAGGCAUCCCAUCCUCCCAGACUUAUGAGAGCAUGGAUAUGAAGCUGUCGGCUCCAGAGCCCCAAAUCCAGAGGAACCAUUGGCAGUCGCCCGAGGACAGCGAUGGAGAGCCCGAAUCUGACCUUAACAGGAACACAUACGCUGUGAUCUCCAAGUCUGAGUUCCAACCGAAGUCAAGCUCCAAGUCGCACCAUGCCAGAUCCAAGAAUAAAAGUUCAAACGGCAGCAAAAUCAAAAAUAAACCGGAUUAUGAUCAAAUUUCCUCACAAUUGCCACCAUCAGAUCACUCAGUAAAGCCCACCGAAACUCCCUAUGCAGAGACAACGCCCCUCUGGCAUUCCCAGAGUGAUUUUUUCACUACUAAACUUAGUCGCUCUGAAUCAGAUUUUUCCAAACUCUGUCAAUCUUACUCAGAGGAUUUUUCAGAAAACCAGUUUUUCACCAGAACGAAUGGAAGUUCCCUGCUGUCAUCUUCAGACAGGGAACUUUGGCAGAGGAAGCAGGAAGGCACUCCUAACUUGUACGACAGUCCCCAGGACCAACGUCUGAACGGGGCUGUCCAGGGGACCCAGGGACAGAAUGAAAGCGAGAAUCCAGAAACUGUGGACAGUGGAAUGAGUAAUGGCAUGGUGUGUGCCUCGGCAGACCGAAGCCAUUAUAGUGAUUCACAGCCCUCUUUACACGAGGACCUUUCAUGGAGGGAGUGGAACCAGACAGCGCCAGGAGCAGAUGGAGGCUUGGAUUCGUCUACCCAGGACUAUGACACAAAUAGUCUCUCUGACCAACAGCUGGGUGUCUAUCAUAAAGACCUAGAUGACGUGGGAAAGUGCCCUAGUGAUCUACAAGAUGACUCAGAGAGCUAUGACUUAACCCAAGAUGACAACUCCUCUCCAUGUCCCGGAUUGGAUAAUGAACCCCAAGGUCAGUGGGUAGGUCCGUAUGAUGCAUACCAGGAAGCUAAUUCCAAGGAAGGGUAUCCAAAUCAAAACCAGUUAUCCAUGAUGUAUCGAAGUCAAAGUGAGUUGCAAAGUGAUGAGUCCGAAGAUGCCCCACCCAAAUCUUGGCAUAGUCGACUAAGCAUUGACCUUUCUGAUAAGACUUUCAGCUUCCCAAAAUUUGGAUCUACAUUACAGAGGGCUAGAUCAGCGUUGGAAGUGGUGUGGAACAAAAGUACACAGAGUCUCAGUGGGUAUGAUGACAGUGGCUCCUCCUUAAUAGGGAGAUUUCGGACAUUAUCCCAAUCAACCGCAAAUGAGUCAAGUACCACCUUAGACUCUGAUGUCUACACAGAACCCUAUUACUACAAAGCAGAGGAUGAGGAGGACUAUAGUGUACCAGUGGAUGACAAUGAAACAGACUAUGUUGAAGUUAUGGAACAAGUCCUUGCGAAAUUAGAAAACAGGACUAGUAUAACAGAAACAGAUGAAACAAUGCAAGACUUUGACCACUCUUCAUAUGAAACGCCUUAUGAAACCCCACAAGAUGAGGGUUAUGAUGGUCAGGCAGAUGAUGUGGUGAGUGAAGGGGGAUUGGAGCCAUUAAAUGAAACAUUAAUUGAAAUGGAAAUAAGAGGAGAUGAAAACCAGAACAUUCCAGAACAGCCAGUGGAAAUCACAAAGCCAAAGAGAAUUCGCCCUUCUUUUAAAGAAGCAGCAUUAAGAGCCUAUAAGAAGCAAAUGGCAGAGUUGGAAGAGAAGAUCCUGGCUGGAGCUGGCAGUUCUGUGGAUGAAAAGGCUCGGAUAGUAAGUGGCAGUGAGGUGGAUGCUUCUAAAUUCUCUGCACUCCAGGCGUUUGGUGGGACAGGGCGGGGCCUUUAUGGAAUUGACAGUAUGCCAGACCUCCGUAGGAAAAAAACUUUGCCUAUUGUACGAGAUGUGGCCAUGACCCUGGCUGCCCGGAAAUCGGGACUUUCCUUGGCAAUGGUGAUUAGGACAUCGCUAAACAAUGAAGAACUGAAACUGCAUGUGUUCAAGAAGACCUUGCAAGCCUUGAUCUACCCCAUGUCCUCCACCACCCCACACAAUUUCGAGGUCUGGACUGCGACUGCGCCCACCUACUGCUACGAGUGCGAAGGGCUCCUGUGGGGCAUUGCCCGGCAGGGCAUGAAGUGUCUGGAAUGUGGAGUGAAGUGCCAUGAGAAGUGUCAGGACCUCCUGAACGCCGACUGUCUACAGAGAGCAGCGGAAAAGAGUUCUAAGCAUGGUGCUGAAGACAAGACUCAGACCAUUAUUACGGCCAUGAAAGAGCGGAUGAAGAUCAGGGAGAAAAACAGGCCAGAAGUGUUUGAAGUCAUUCAGGAAAUGUUUCAGAUUUCCAAAGAGGAUUUUGGGCAAUACACCAAAGCAGCCAAACAGAGUGUGCUAGAUGGGACGUCUAAAUGGUCAGCAAAAAUAACUAUUACAGUGGUUUCUGCCCAAGGCUUACAAGCAAAAGACAAAACAGGGUCAAGUGACCCCUACGUGACCGUUCAAGUGGGGAAGAACAAAAGAAGGACCAAAACAAUCUUUGGAAACUUAAAUCCAGUAUGGGAUGAGAAGUUUCAUUUUGAGUGCCAUAACUCCACAGACAGAAUCAAAGUCCGAGUAUGGGAUGAAGACGAUGACAUUAAAUCCAGAGUCAAGCAGCAUUUCAAAAAGGAGUCCGAUGAUUUUCUGGGCCAAACAAUUGUAGAAGUGAGGACCCUGAGUGGAGAAAUGGAUGUCUGGUAUAACUUAGAGAAACGGACAGAUAAGUCAGCUGUCUCUGGGGCCAUCCGAUUGAAAAUCAAUGUGGAAAUAAAAGGAGAGGAGAAGGUUGCUCCCUAUCAUAUACAAUAUACAUGUCUCCAUGAGAAUCUGUUCCAUUACUUGACUGAAGUGAAAUCGAACGGUGGAGUGAAAAUCCCAGAGGUUAAAGGGGACGAGGCCUGGAAAGUUUUCUUUGAUGACGCUUCUCAGGAGAUAGUGGAUGAAUUUGCCAUGCGCUAUGGGGUUGAGUCCAUUUAUCAAGCAAUGACGCACUUCUCCUGUCUGUCAUCUAAAUACAUGUGCCCUGGUGUCCCAGCCGUCAUGAGCACCCUAUUGGCCAACAUAAACGCGUUCUAUGCCCACACGACGGUUUCCACCAAUGUACAGGUUUCUGCCUCAGAUCGAUUUGCAGCUACCAACUUUGGGAGGGAGAAAUUUAUCAAGCUCCUGGACCAGCUACACAACUCUUUACGGAUUGACCUGUCAAAGUAUAGGGAGAAUUUUCCUGCCAGUAAUGUUGAAAGACUGCAAGACCUGAAAUCAACUGUUGACCUGUUAACAAGCAUCACCUUUUUUCGGAUGAAGGUUUUGGAGCUACAAAGCCCCCCAAAGGCCAGCAUGGUGGUGAAGGACUGUGUCAGAGCUUGCCUGGACUCUACAUACAAGUACAUUUUUGACAGUUGCCAUGAACUUUACUCCCAGCUGAUAGAUCCGAGUAAGAAACAGGAUGUUCCUCGGGAAGAUCAGGGACCUAGCACCAAGAAUUUGGACUUCUGGCCUCAGCUUAUCACCCUGAUGGUCACCAUUAUCGACGAGGAUAAAACUGCCUACACACCGGUCCUGAACCAAUUUCCUCAAGAACUGAAUAUGGGGAAAGUGAGUGCUGAAAUAAUGUGGACCCUUUUUGCUCUGGACAUGAAAUACGCACUGGAAGAGCAUGAAAAGCAGCGGUUAUGCAAGAGCACCGAUUAUAUGAAUUUGCAUUUCAAAGUGAAAUGGUUUUAUAAUGAAUAUGUGCGAGAACUUCCUGCCUUCAAGGAUGCCGUUCCUGAAUACUCCUUGUGGUUUGAGCCUUUCGUCAUGCAGUGGCUGGAUGAGAACGAAGACGUGUCCCUGGAGUUCGUCCACGGGGCUCUGGGAAGGGACAAAAAAGAUGGAUUCCAGCAGACCUCUGACCAUGCCCUCUUCUCUUGCUCUGUGGUGGACGUGUUUGCUCAGCUGAAUCAGAGCUUCGAGAUUAUCAAGAAAUUGGAAUGCCCAAAUCCUGAAGCAUUAUCGCACUUAAUGAGGAGAUUCGCAAAGACUAUCAAUCAAGUGCUGCUCCAGUAUGCGGCUAUUGUGUCCAAGGGCUUCAGUUCACACUGCGAUAAGGAAAACGUGCCUUGUAUCCUGAUGAAUAACAUUCAACAAUUGCGAGUCCAACUGGAAAAAAUGUUUGAAUCCAUGGGAGGGAAAGAGCUAGAUCCUGAGGCUAGUACGAUUCUCAAAGAACUUCAAGUUAAACUCAAUGGGGUUUUGGAUGAGCUCAGUGUUACCUAUGGAGACAGUUUCCGGCAUGUAAUUGAAGAGUGUGUGAAACAAAUGAGUUUGGAAUUAAAUCAAAUGCGGUCCAAUGGAAAUACCACCACCAACAAGAACAGCGCAGCCAUGGAUGCCGAGAUUGUAUUAAGACCACUCAUGGACUUCUUGGAUAAAACAUUAAGUCUCUCGGCAAAAAUAUGUGAGAAAACAGUCUUGAAACGAGUUUUGAAGGAGCUAUGGAAGCUAGUUCUUAACAAAAUAGAAAAACAAAUUGUUCUCCCUCCUCUGACAGAUCAAACACAAUACUUUCAUGCAGGAGGAAACGGCCUAAAAAGGAAUUUCCUGGAGAAAAGCCCAGAUCUUCAGUCCCUGAGACACGCUCUUAAUCUUUAUACCCAAACUACGGAUGCCUUGAUAAAGAGAUUCAUAGACACGCAGACGUCACAGAGCCGCUCCUCCAAAGAUGCAGUGGGGCAGAUAUCUGUUCACGUGGACAUCACGGCCACCCCAGGAACCGGGGAGCAGAAGAUCACUGUCAAAGUGAUUGCUAUUAAUGACCUGAACUGGCAGACCACCGCCAUGUUUCGGCCCUUUGUGGAAGUUUGUAUACUGGGACCCAAUCUCGGAGACAAAAAGAGAAAACAAGGCACAAAGACUAAAAGUAACACGUGGUCACCAAAGUACAAUGAGACAUUCCAAUUCAUUCUGAGCAACGAAAACCAUCCAGGGGCCUAUGAACUUCACCUCUCCGUGAAGGAUUAUUGCUUUGCCCGUGAAGAUCGAAUUAUAGGAAUGACAGUCAUUCAGCUUCAGAACAUAGCUGACAAGGGAAGUUAUGGAGCCUGGUACCCCCUCUUAAAAAAUGUCUCCAUGGACGAAACUGGUUUGACAAUCCUCAGAAUCCUCUCUCAGCGGAGCAGCGAUGAUGUAGCGAAGGAAUUCGUGAGACUGAAAUCCGAAACGAGAUCUCCGGACGAGACUGCUUGAAGUGAAUUCCACAAGCCAUCCGCUUUGUGAAUUCCUAAACUAUCAUCGUCUGACCACUGCAUGCAUGUGCAAAUACGUGGGAAUGUUCGUUUUACUACGUUUCAGUGUUUGCCAGGACUGAAGUACAACGUCUACACGGGAUGUGGGAAACCUGAUGGGCUUUUCUACUAAUUCUGGGCUUUGGGGAGUCAACGUUCCAUGAAGUGCCAAAAUAAUGAUGUAAAGUAAAACUACCCCCUCCCCCCUCAAGAAAAAAAAGUCUUCUAAGGCAUUGAUUUCA